AACUGUAAGCUCCAGGGUAGCACUCGUCUGCCAGCAUUCUCAAUGGAUGGAGAUUUUAUUAUUGGGGGAUCGUUCUCCCUUCAUGCCUACAUGGAUACAUUUUAUAACAACUACUCUAGCAUACCGAAGCCUGUGAAAUGCAAAGGGAGCAUUGACACCCGUGGGCUGCAAUCCACAAGUUCGAUGGUCUUUGCCAUAGAAGAAAUUAACAACAGCACAGACCUGCUGCCGGGAAUUGAGCUUGGUUAUCAAAUCUAUGAUUCAUGUGCAUCAGUACCUGUGGCAGUGCAUGUGGCAUUUCAGUUUUUAAAUAGAUUGGAUGCUCAGUUUAACACUGGUAAAAACUGCUCUCAGUCUGGUAUGGUGAUGGCUGUUGUCGGGGACUCUGGGUCUACACCAUCCAUCAGCAUUUCACGUCUCAUAAGUCCCUUUAACAUUCCUCAAGUGAGCCACUUUGCCACAUGUGCAUGCUUGUCUGACAAGCAGCAGUACCCAAAUUUCUUCAGAACAAUUCCCAGUGACCAGAUUCAAGCUGAAGCACUAGCCAAGCUGGUAAAACACUUUGGCUGGAAUUGGAUAGGUGCUGUUCGGUCGGAUUCGGAUUAUGGAAAUAAUGGCAUGGCUUCUUUUCUCCAAGCAGCACAGAAAGAGGGGAUCUGUGUGGAAUACUCUGUGUCUUUCUAUCGGACAUACCCACAGAGCAGGAUUCAAAAAGUAGCAGAUGUUAUCCGCAGGUCUAAAGCUGUAGUUGUUGUGGCAUUUGCAUCUUUUGGAGACAUGAAGAUCCUGUUGGAGGAGCUUUCACGUGAGCCUUCCCCACCUCGCCAGUGGAUAGGCAGUGAAUCAUGGGUAACCAACACAGAAUUAACGAGUUACAGUUUCUGUGCUGGGGCCAUUGGAUUUGGUAUUCCGAAGUCUGCAAUCCCAGGUCUCAGAGAAUUCCUGCUGAAUCUCUCUUUCUCUGAAGUGGCUGCUUCGUCAGUGCUCACUGAGUUUUGGGAGGAUGCAUUCAACUGUAGACUGAAAAAAAGUGCUGCUACUGUAGACGAGAAAGUUUGUAAUGGAAAUGAAGACAUACAAAACCUCAAAAGCCAAUACACUGACACGUCUCAGCUCAGAAUUGCUAACAUGGUGUACAAGGCUGUGUAUGCAAUAGCACAUGCCAUUCAUAAUGCAGUGUGUCAUGGAAAAAAUGUCACAGCUCAGUGUGACAAACUAACCAAGUUAGAGCCCAAACAGGUUUUAACUGAAUUGAAGAAAGUAAAUUUUUCCCAGAAUGGUUAUGAUGUGUCUUUUAAUGCUAAUGGGGAUCCUGUGGCUAACUAUGAGCUGGUAAACUGGCAAAAACACGAGAGUGGCAACACUGAGAUAGUAACUGUAGGACUGUAUGAUGCGUCACUACCAGUGGGCAAGGAGUUUAGAAUGAACAGAAACAUAACCUGGAUGGAAGAUAGCACAAAUGUGCCUGUGUCAGUGUGCACUGACAGUUGUCCUCCAGGAACUCGUAAAGUACUGCAGAAAGGAAAACCCAUCUGCUGCUAUGAUUGUAUAGCAUGUCCUGAAGGAGAGAUUAAUAAUAUUACAGAUUCAGCUGACUGUUUACCCUGCCACAAAGAGUUCUGGCCUAACGCAAAGAGAGACACUUGUAUCCCUAAGCCUGUAGAGUUUCUUUCAUUUCAAGACAUCCUAGGAAUCAUCCUGGCCACAUUCUCAGUUCUGGGUGCCUUACUGGCCAUUAUCACCGCAGGUGUAUUCUUUUAUCACAGGACAACUCCAGUUGUCCGAGCCAACAACUCUGAGCUGAGCUUCCUGCUGCUCAUCUCUCUCACUCUGUGUUUCUUAUGUUCAUUAACCUUCAUUGGAGCACCUUCUGAGUGGUCCUGCAUGCUGCGUCACACUGCAUUUGGGAUCACCUUUGUGCUCUGUAUCUCCUGUGUACUUGGGAAAACUAUAGUGGUUUUAAUGGCUUUUAAAGCGACACUUCCAGGUAGUAAUGUGAUGAAAUGGUUUGGUCCUCCACAACAAAGAAUGACUGUUAUGUGUUUCACCUUUAUUCAGAUUUUAAUAUGUACUAUAUGGCUGGUAGUGAGCCCUCCCUUUGCAAUCAAAAAUCUAACCACAUACAAGGAGAAAAUCAUCCUGGAAUGUGCAUUAGGCUCUGCUGUUGGCUUCUGGGCUGUGCUCGGUUAUAUAGGCCUACUUGCUGCCUUUUGCUUUGUUUUAGCUGUCUUAGCCCGCAAAUUACCUGAUAAUUUCAAUGAAGCCAAGCUUAUCACCUUCAGCAUGCUGAUAUUCUGUGCAGUGUGGAUCACCUUUAUCCCAGCAUAUGUCAGCUCUCCUGGAAAAUUUACAGUGGUUGUGGAAAUUUUUGCCAUUCUGGCCUCCAGCUUUGGACUAAUGCUGUGUAUAUUUGCCCCAAAAUGUUUUAUCAUAUUGUUUAAACCUGAGAAGAACACAAAAAAAUAUUUAAUGAGCAAAAAUCAGUCAUAG